AAAGGAGCUGGCCUCGAUGAACUUCUGUUGGACCAGCACGACAAGUCGGUACUUGCUGCUGAUGCUACACGACGUCCAGUCCGUCAGCCAAUCAAGGUCUCCAAUCGGAUAUCCCAAGGGUUCUUCGAUGGCACACCACAUCGUGUUCAUUCUUUUGCACAACUUGAUCUCCACGAUGCACCAUCCCGACCCAACAUUUUCAUUGGGCUCGAAAUAUUUUCUCUGCCAGACUCAGUAGAGCAGACAUCCAGCUGUGCGAGCGUGGCUCAGCGGUCGUCGACGUUCCACAUUGCCAGGCACAACGUGAACGCAUCAGCACGAGAAAAACGGGGGCCAACAAUCCCGUUGAAAUCCAAGAAACCUGCUGCAAGCAUCUCCGAGUCACGCCCUCCCAAUAGCAAUGUUAUACAAUCCAGCGGCGCGGCUGAACCUCAGUCUUCUUCGCAACCACAUAUUGUCGCCUCCACCUCCACCGCACAUCCCGUUGUUGCUAAUACAACUUCAAGCACUAAUCUUCAUGCAACGAUGAAACAUGCUGGACGAUGGACUCGCUUUUGGCUCUUUGUAUGUUGUGCCUCUCCCGAGUAUACCGAUGGUCAUCAUUAAUCCACCUGGUUUGUUUUCUUGUCCUUUACGAAAAUCUCCAAUUAUCAUCUGAUAUGCUAUGACGUUCAUCUCAU